AGGGAGGGGCUUUUAACGGUGGCGGCUGCUUCUGCGCCUGAUCCUGGAGAAGGGCGGGCGCCAUUGUGCUUCGCCGCCGACUGUUCAGCCUCAUUUAGAGGCCUAGGGCUCAGAGGAAGAAGGUGGUGGUGUGAUCCCUGGGAGCCGGACGCGCCUGUUCGGUGUUAGCACCGGAAGAAGGGGAAUAAGCUGCGGAGUUUGGGCUUCUACCUCUGGGGAAACCUUAAGAAUGGAGUCUAAACCUUCGAGGAUUCCAAGAAGAAUUUCUCUUCAACCCCCCAGCUCAUUAAGUGCUAGGAUGAUGUCUGGAAGCAGAGGAAGUAGUUUAAAUGAUACCUAUCACUCAAGGGACUCCUCGUUUAGACUGGAUUCUGAAUAUCAGUCUACAUCAGCAUCAGCGUCUGCAUCGCCGUUUCAGUCUGCAUGGUAUAGUGAGUCUGAGAUAACUCAGGGAGCACGCUCAAGAUCGCAAAACCAGCAACGGGAUCAUGAUUCAAAAAGACCUAAACUUUCAUGUACAAACUGUACAUCUACCUCAGCUGGGAGAAGUGUUGGACAUGGUUUAAAUGCAGUAUCAGAUUCUUCUUGGAGGCAUAGUCAAGUUCCCAGAUCUUCAUCAGUGGUACUUGGAUCAUUUGGAACUGACUUAAUGAGAGAGAGGAGAGCAGAUUCCUCUGUUAGUAACCUUACGGAUUAUAGUCACCGAAGUGGCGAUUUCACAACUUCAUCAUAUGUUCAAGACAGAGUUCCUUCUUCAUAUUCACAGGGAGCAAGACCAAAAGAGAACUCAUUGAGCACUUUACAACUGAAUCCAUCAUCUACAAACCACCAAAUGCCUUCUGAACAUCAGGCCAUACCAUGUUCUAGGGACUCUCGUAGAAAUUCUUUAAGAUCAAAUUUUUCACCAAGAGAAUUAGAAUCUCCCCAAAGCAGUACACAGCCUGGGUUUUCUUAUAUUUCACAUAGAGAUGAAACCUCAACUAUAAGCAGUUCAGAUAGGGUUGGCUCAUCUCAGAGAUCAUUUCAAGAAUCUUCUGACAAUGAAGGUAGACGUACAACAAGGAGAUUGUUGUCACGUAUAGCUUCUAGUAUGUCAUCCACUUUUUUUUCACGAAGAUCUAGUCAGGAUUCCUUGAAUACAAGAUCAUUGAGUUCUGAAAAUUCUUACAUUUCUCCAAGAAUCUUGACAGCUUCACAGUCUCGUGGUAAUGCAGCAUCACCUUCUGAUGUUCCUAAUAAUAGGGCAUCUGAAGCUUCUCAGGGAUUUCGAUUUCUUCGGCGAAGAUGGGGUUUGUCAUCUCUUAGCCAAAAUCAUAGCUCUGAGCCAGAUUCCCAAAAUUUUAACCAAGAAUCCGAAGGUAGAAAUACAGGGCCAUGGUUAUCUUCCUCACUUAGAAAUAGAUGCACACCUUUGUUCUCUAGGAGGAGGCGAGAGGGAAGAGAUGAAUCUUCAAGGAUAUCUACCUCUGAUAUACCAUCUAGAUCUCAUCAUAUUUUUAGAAGAGAAUCAAAUGAAGUGGUUCACCUUGAAGCACAGAAUGAUCCCCUUGGGGCUACUGCCAACAGACCGCAAGUAUCUGCAGCAAUGAGCAGUGCUGCUACAGGUGGCUCAACAUCAGAUUCGGCUCACACUGGACGAAAUACAGGAAUAACAGGGAUCCUUCCUGGUUCUUUAUUCCGAUUUGCAGUCCCCCCAGCACUUGGAAAUAAUCUGACCGACAAUGUCAUGAUCACUGUAGAUAUUAUUCCUUCAGGUUGGAGUACAUCUGAUGGAAAAAGUGACAAAACUAAAAAUGUACCUUCAAGAGACCCAGAAAGGCUGCAAAAAAUAAAAGAGAGCCUCCUUUUAGAGGACUCUGAAGAAGAAGAAGGUGACUUAUGUAGAAUUUGUCAGAUGGCAGCUGCAUCAUCCUCUAACUUGCUGAUAGAGCCAUGCAAGUGCACAGGAAGUUUGCAGUAUGUCCACCAAGAGUGUAUGAAAAAGUGGUUACAGGCCAAAAUUAACUCUGGUUCUUCACUAGAGGCUGUAACCACCUGUGAACUCUGUAAAGAGAAGUUGCAGCUUAACCUGGAGGAUUUUGAUAUUCAUGAACUACAUAGAGCUCAUGCAAAUGAACAAGCUGAGUAUGAGUUUAUCAGCUCUGGUCUCUACCUAGUUGUGUUAUUGCACUUGUGCGAACAAAGCUUUUCUGAUAUGAUUGGGAAUACGAAUGAACCAAGCACACGUGUCCGAUUUAUUAACCUUGCAAGAACUCUUCAGGCACAUAUGGAAGAUCUCGAAACUUCAGAGGAUGAUUCUGAAGAAGAUGGAGACCAUAACAGAACAUUUGAUAUUGCCUAACUGCAUAUAAGACAAAUGGAUGAUCUGUGAACAAGUGUUUAUUAAAACUGGCAAUUAAGUAUGAAUUAAUUUUGUGGGGAAAAUGCCUAUUAAAAUACAUUUACAAUCUAUCUGUCUAUAUAAAAUGAAUAUAUGUAUACAUAUGUAUGCAUGUAUACAUAUAUUCAUUCUCAAGUGUUGCUGAAUUAAAAUUCUGCUAGGCCUUUUAAAUACAGCCAUUGAAUCUGAUGUUUAUAAGUUGAUAAUCAAAAGUAUUUUUCUUUUAGAUGAGUGGGAAAGUAUUACCCUUGUUUUAAAUAUGUAAGCAAUGCUGUUGGCCCUUUUUUGUGUUCUGAUUACUGUAGUCAUAUUUAUGAAAAAAGUUUGGUGUUUUAGUCUCUUGUUAGUGAAAAAAAUGGGACAAAAUAUGCUUUCAGAAUAAACUGCCAAAUGGCACCUAAUUGUUUUUCUUUUUAAAAUGCCUUAAGUUGCAGUCUCCUUUUCAUAAUCAUUUGCUUCCAGUGUUUAAAAAGAGUAAGAGUGGGGAGAAAGUUAUGAAGAGCAUUGUAUUAGGUUUCCAAAUUUAAUUUGCAUUCUAAAUUUGCUUAGGAAUAAAAUCUCUUUUCCGGAGAGGGGAGGGCAUGCUUGUGGCAUGUGAAAGUUACCAGGCUAGGGACUGAACCCACACUGCAUUUGCAGUCUGUGUCACAGCUGUGGCAGUGUGGGAUCUUUAAUCUGCGGUGCCACACAGGACAGGAACUUCCAAAUCUAAUUUUUUUAAGUAUAUAAAUAUAAAAUGUAAAAAUGAUGGAUAAAUUUUAUAUUGAUUUGCAAAAUGCAGAUUGUAUUUGAUAGGACAUAAUAUGUAGAUAUUCCUUUUAGGAAUAUUACAGCUGUAAAUUUAUCAGAAUUGCCAGCCAUGCUAUUUGGUUAAAAGAAUUAUUGCAAUCUCAAGUUAAUUAAAUAUUUUUAAAUCCCACAAAGUUUAAAACACUGGUUUUCAAUGUGUUUUUUAGUGUUGUCACUUCUUUAUAGAUAAAUAUGCUAUAAAUAAUCUGUUUGGAUAGUAGUCAUUUUUAACUGUUCCUUGGUAAUUCUGAGCAUUUAUUUGAUGACAAUAAUUUUCACUACCUUUAGAGAAGAGGUGAACAUUAUUUAUUCACCAUGAAUUGAUCUACACUGUGGUUAUAAGUUGUGUAUACCUGCAUAACACUGUAUAUUUCCUUUGUCAGCACCCUUAGGAUACACUUAAAAACACUUUCAGGUGGUUUCAGCUUAAAUAGAGUCUUAUGUCAUGGCAACAAACUACUUUUUCAGACCCUAAAUAGAAACCAUGUAAUUUUUCUCAAAUUGUGAAUCAACGCUUUGUUGAUUCAGUUUGUUGGUCUUAAUGUAAAACCUUGGCUUGAAAUAAAGUACAUACUGAUUGAUUUA